AUGGAGCCUCGGAAGCUGCAGCCCGAGCUCCAGCGGUUUUACCACCAGUUGUUGCAGCCGCUGUCGCUUUUCCCCCGCAGGGCGACGCCCCCAGAGACUAAGAAGCGCCUCCCGCAGAAGGUCGGGAUGCCGGAAGCGCUGCAGCCCACACAGCUGACGGUGGCGUCGCUGUGUAGCCAGGUAGCCGAGCGGCUGGCCCGCAGCGGGUUGUCGGCGCGGGUGUCUCCGGAGGGCCGUCUCCGCCUCACGCAGGUCAUCCUGGACGAGCUGAAGUGCAGCUGGCAGGAGCCUCCCGCCGAGCCCGGUCUGAGCCGCCGGAACAACCAGAAGCUGCGGGAGCGGCUUGAGGCCCACGUGCUGCUGAGCAGCGAGCAGCUCUUCUUACGCUAUCUGCACCUGCUGGUGACCCUGUCCGCUCCCAGAGGCGUCUUUACCGAACCAGCCACCCUCACCCGCUUGGCCGCCAGCCUGGCCAGGGACUGCACGCUUUUCCUCACCAGCCCUGAUGUUUACCGUUGCCUGCUCGCCGACUUUCAGGCCGUGCUGAGGGUAGAUCGAGCCCGCGGCGGCGUGAAGGAGCUGAGCCACCCCAGCCCCAUGCAGGCUUUCAAGCUCUGCCCUAUCCCUUGGCCUCACAGCACCGGCUUCGCCCACGUGCCAUGCUCCAGCCUCACCCUGAACUACCUCGUCCACCUCAGCCGCCCUUCAGAGUUUCUCAGCGAACCAGGAGUGGAUGCUCUGAAAGAAUUGAAGGCCAUGCCCCAGCUGAAGAGAAGGAUUCUCCUCUGGCUGCCCUCCACGCCAAAGAAAGAAGACAUGGACUUAAUUUCCUCACAGACUGAGCCACAGCCUAGCUACAUGGUGGCUCCCACCAGCUGGGCUGCCCCUUCCACCCAGUUCUCAGUCUACUCCCAGCUCGGGAGCUGCCGGUCCAUGCCCUCUCUGCGUGAGGGCUGGAAGCUGGCAGAUGAGCUGGGCCUUCUCCCACUCCCCCCUCGCACCUUAACGCCACUGGUCCUGGUUGCAGAGAGCAAGCCAGAGCUGGCAGGGAACACUGUGACUGAGGAUCUGAAGCAGAUGAUGAAGACACGCAAAUUUCAGUGGCCUCGCUACCUACCGCGGGACUCAGACCUGCCCCCACUCCUGGCAGCCCUGACCCACCGACCGGCCACAGGGCACCGCCUCAGGAAGCUGCAGAGGAUGUUGAAGGCCCUGGAGGAGGAAGAAGCCUUCAGUCAGCAGGACCACCAACCCCACAAAGCCCCGCCACUACACCCACAGCCAGUGACUGUAACUCUGAAGCUAAGAAGUCAGCUAGUGGUCGAGGCAGCUGCUGUGCGAGUCUCGGACAGAAAUUUCGUGGACUCCUUCCACGUGGAGGGGGUUGGAGUCCUGUACAACCACCUGGCUGGUGAACUGGACCCCAAACUUGUUGAAGAGAUGGAUCGCAACCACUUCGCCGGCAGUAGCACCCGAGAGGUCUACAAGGAGUUGAUGAGCCGUGUCUCUACUAACCACCUCCGUUUUGACCAGGGGCCCCUGGUUGAGCCUGCAGCAGGUAAAGACUGGUCAACCUUCCUGUCCUCAGCCUUCCUCCGUCAAGAAAAACAGAAUCGCAUCAUCAACCCUGAGCUGGCGAAUCUUCACUCCCAAGGAGCCAACAGGUUACUCUCCAACGCCGACAAGGCGUCCUCCCUCACGUCAUUUUAUGCCUACAAAAGCUGGGACUGGCGGUCCAACAAGACCUCAUGGAUGCGCUGGUGGAAAACCAACCUGUCCAAGGAGGACUACUUCAAGUACCUCACCACCCAGGAGACGGACUUCCUCCAUGUCAUCUUCCAUAUGUAUGAGGAGGAGGUUCCCAUGGAGCUGGUGGUCCCUGUCAGGGAGUCCCUGGAGCUUCAGCACCCUCCACCCUUGCCAGAAGAGGAAGAGCCCUGGGACUUUGUGCCGGGUGAGUGGGAUUGCAACAUAGUGCUGCAGUACGGCCUGGGAACUGCAAGGCUUGACCUCCUGGGCGAAUGCCACAAAAUCCAGAGCCUGCAGAAGCGUCUGGAGCGGCUGUGGUUCUUGCUUGAGGUCCCCUACAAGGACCGGCUGGACAUGGCCAUCAAGUACAGCUCCAGCGCCCGUCUGACGCAGCUGCCUGCAGUCAUGAGUGCCUGGGAGCAGGCCCUGCAGCCCAUUCAGCUGCGGGAGAUCCUGCUGGCGAGACUGGAGUGGUUUGAGCGGCAAGCCUCCAACCCCAGUCGCUUCUUCCAGAAGCCUGACAUGGGCCUGAGUUGUCUGCUGGAGGAGAAUCAGAUCCGCAGCCAUCUGCAGAGGAAGCUCAAUCAAGUGGAAACGUCCUUGGUUUCCCUCCUAGAGGAGAUCGAGUCAAUCUUUGACGAGCCAGUGACCUUCAGGGGGCGGCGCUAUCUGGAUAAGAUGAAGCGUGACAAAAUUGAGAUGCUGUACUGGUUGCAGCAGCGGCGGCGGGUCCACCACCUGGUCCGGACCCAGAGGGCCUCCCACACCCAGACAGCCCAGUCCGGGAGGCUGAGCAGCCAACAUUUAGUAGCUCCCGGGAACACUCCCAUUACCCUUUGA